AUGCAGGUAUCCACGAAGAGAAUAUAUGACUAUAAGUUCCAGUAUGCGAGGAAUUUAAGGAGUUUUCCGGACGGAAAGAGGAACUGUUACACUUUGAGACCAGACCGAGGCAAGAACAUCACCUAUCUGAUUAGAGCAACUUUUUGGUAUGGGAACUAUGAUAGGGAGAAUCAAAUGCCUUCAUUCGACCUAUACAUCGACGUUAAUUAUUGGGCCACGGUGAGCUCUUCGGAUUAUUUUCAUGAAGAAAUCUUGUACUUGUCCAAGGCAGAUUAUAUACAAGUGUGCCUCGUGAAUACCGGCAAUGGAGUGCCCUUCAUUUCGGCAUUGGAACUAAGAACUUUGGACGAUGACUUCUAUGGAGUGGGAUCUGGAUUAUUGCGACUCCUACGGCGGCAAGACAUCGGACGAAGCUCGAACUCUUCCAUCAGGCACCCUGAUGAUGUUUACGAUCGGAUCUGGGAACCUCUAAACGAUGAUGCCUUUCUCACACUAAACACCACAUCUGCCAUUGAUUUAUUCGACAACAACGAUGCCUCCGCAACGAAAUGGGUCGUGUACUUUCAUUUUGUGGAGAUCGAGAGAUUGACUAAUGGCUUGCAGAGGGAGUUGAGGAUUUCCAUGAAUGAUAGUCAAUUCGUGAAGACGGUGACCCUCGAGUACUUAAAGCCAGUGGUUGUAGUUUCCACUCCAAUGAAUGGGUCGCUCCUCACCAUCUCAAUUGAAUCGACGGAUAAGUCUAGAUAUCCACCAUUUCUCAAUGCUGUGGAGAUCUAUGCCGUCAGUGAUCUUCCAAAUGUACCCACAGCACAAGAUGAUGGUGUUCUAAACAUGGUCUUUUCCAGAGAUUUGUCCAACAAUCAGCUUACAGGAGCAAUACCAGAAACUCUGGCCGAAUUACAAGAUCUUAGAUAUCUAAAUCUAAGUGGAAACAACCUGAGUGGGUCGGUUCCUGAAGCUCUCAAGAAAAAGGUUAUGGACAAUACUUUAAACAUGAGUUUGAUAGGAAACGUGAAUCUUUGCCAAGCUGAUCAUUGCCCCCGGAAGAAGAAACAAAAAAACAUCCUUGUUCCAGUUGUUACAUCAGUUUCAAGCUUCUUUGUAGUUCUCUUUGGUGCUUUGGCUAUCGUUUGGUUAAUUAAACGAAAAAGAAUACCUGAAUCUAGUGAAAGGACACUGAGAUUGAAGAAUAGACCUUUCAAGUAUGGAGAGCUUUCAAGAAUCACUAGGAACUUUGGACGAGUGAUUGGUGAAGGUGGAUUUGGAAAGGUUUAUCUAGGUACACUAGAUAACGGCACCGAGGUUGCUGUCAAGAUUCUCUCUAAAUCAUCAAAGCAAGGGUACAAGGAAUUUCAAGCUGAGGCGCAACUCUUAAUGAUUGUUCACCACGGAAACUUGGUUUCUCUAUUUGGAUAUUGCGAUGAUUUUAAGCAUAUAGCAUUAAUAUACGAAUACAUGGCUAAUGGAAAUUUGAGGCAACAUUUAUCAGGUAAAGUUAAGAUGAAUCCAACAGAGGACCAUCUGAAGGUCUUGACAUGGAGUAAGAGAUUACAAAUAGCUGUGGAUGUAGCACAAGGUUUGGAUUAUUUGCAUAAUGGUUGCAAGCCUCCCAUCAUCCACAGAGACUUGAAGACUGCGAACAUCUUGUUGAACGAAAACUUCCGAGCAAAGAUAGCUGAUUUUGGCUUGUCAAGAGCUUUUGCAACUGAAAACGACUCUUAUGUGUCAACUUGUCCUGCGGGCACUUUUGGCUAUCUCGCCCCUGAGUUUCAAUCUCAUGGAAAUUUAAACAAGAAGAGUGAUGUUUAUAGUUUUGGAAUCAUACUCUUUGAGUUGAUCACGGGCCAACCAGCAAUAAUGACAAGCCAGGAUGGCAACGCCAAUAUGCACAUACUUCAAUGGUUGAUUCCUAUUGUUGAAAGUGGAGAUAUACAAAGGAUUAUGGAUCCAAGGUUACAAGGAAAAUUCGACAUCAACUUGGCUUGGAAAGUAGUGGAGAUUGCUAUGUCCUGUACGCGAUCGACGGCUAUUCAAAGGCCAGACAUAAAUGAUGUAUUGGCAGAUUUGAAGGAGUCUUUGGUGAACAAGUCAAGUGGUUCCCUUGAAAUGAGCUACUUGAAUCUCCAAUUCGACAGUGCCCCUGUGGCAAGGUAG